AUGUACUUCAUUGAAAAGUACAAGGAAGGUGAGAGAGUACCCUCAGACAAGACACCCUCUCUACAAGUGGACAUUGUUCCAAGCCAGGGGGAGAUCAGCGUUGGAGAAUCUAAGUUCUUCUUAUGUCAAGUGGCAGGGGAGGCCAAACACAAAGACAUUUUCUGGUUUUCCCCUAAUGGUGAGAAGCUGACACCGAACCAACAGCGCAUCUCAGUGGUGCGAAAUGAUGACUUCUCCUCCACCCUCACCAUCUACAACGCCAACAUAGAUGAUGCUGGCAUCUAUAAAUGUGUUGUCAGUAGCGUGGAGGAGGGAGACUCCGAGGCCACCGUCAAUGUGAAAAUUUUCCAAAAGCUGAUGUUCAAGAAUGCUCCCACUCCUCAGGAAUUCAAGGAAGGGGAUGAUGCUGUGGUUGUGUGUGAUGUGGUCAGCUCACUGCCUCCUACCAUCAUCUGGAAGCACAAAGGCAGGGAUGUUAUCCUAAAAAAAGAUGUUCGAUUUAUAGUCCUGUCCAACAACUACCUGCAGAUCCGGGGAAUCAAGAAAACAGAUGAAGGAACAUACCGCUGUGAGGGCCGGAUCUUGGCUCGUGGGGAGAUCGACUUCAAAGAUAUUCAGGUCAUCGUAAAUGUACCUCCUUCUGUGCGUGCCAGGCAGAGCACUAUGAAUGCCACUGCCAACCUCAGCCAGUCUGUCACCUUAGCAUGUGAUGCUGAUGGCUUUCCUGAGCCAACCAUGACGUGGACAAAGGAUGGAGAGCCAAUAGAACAGGCCGAUGAUGAAGAGAAAUACAGUUUUAACUAUGAUGGUUCUGAGCUCAUCAUCAAGAAGGUGGAUAAGAGUGACGAAGCAGAAUACAUCUGCAUCGCUGAGAACAAGGCUGGCGAGCAGGAUGCCACCAUUCAUCUCAAAGUCUUUGCAAAACCCAAAAUCACCUAUGUGGAGAAUAAAACAGCCAUGGAGCUGGAGGAUCAGAUUACACUGACCUGUGAGGCAUCUGGGGACCCAAUCCCUUCCAUCACUUGGAGGACUUCCACCCGGAACAUCAGCGAUGAAGAGAAGACCCUGGAUGGACGCAUCGUAGUACGUAGCCAUGCCCGGGUGUCAUCUCUCACUCUCAAAGAAAUUCAGUACACAGAUGCUGGAGAAUAUGUAUGCACAGCCAGCAACACCAUCGGGCAGGACUCCCAAGCCAUGUACCUUGAAGUGCAGUAUGCCCCCAAGCUUCAGGGCCCUGUGGCUGUCUAUACUUGGGAAGGGAAUCAAGUGAACAUCACCUGUGAAGUAUUUGCUUACCCCAGUGCUGUCAUCUCCUGGUUCCGGGAUGGACAGCUGCUUCCCAGCUCAAACUACAGCAAUAUCAAGAUCUACAACACUCCAUCAGCAAGCUAUCUGGAGGUGACACCAGACUCUGAAAAUGACUUUGGGAAUUAUAACUGCACUGCUGUGAACCGCAUUGGCCAGGAGUCCUCAGAGUUCAUUCUUGUGCAGGCAGAUACUCCGUCCUCUCCUUCCAUUGACAGAGUGGAGCCCUAUUCCAGUACUGCCCAGGUGGAGUUUGAUGAGCCUGAAGCUACCGGUGGGGUGCCCAUCCUCAAGUACAAAGCAGAGUGGAGGGCACUGGGCGAGGGAGAAUGGCAUUCAAGGUUGUAUGAUGCAAAAGAAGCAAAUGUGGAGGGCAUGAUCACUAUCACUGGCCUGAAACCUGAAACAACCUACUCUGUGAGAUUGUCUGCGGUCAAUGGCAAGGGUGUGGGUGAGAUUAGCCUGCCAUCCGACUUCAAGACACAACCAGUUCGAGAACCCAGCGCACCCAAACUGGAAGGUCAGAUGGGAGAAGAUGGAAACUCCAUUAAAGUGAAUGUUAUCAAACAGGAUGAUGGUGGCUCCCCAAUUAGACAUUAUCUGAUCAAAUACAAAGCUAAACAUUCCUCAGAAUGGAAACCAGAGAUCAGACUUCCAUCUGGCAGUGACCACGUCAUGCUCAAGUCUCUGGACUGGAAUGCAGAGUAUGAGGUUUAUGUGAUAGCUGAAAACCAGCAAGGGAAGUCCAAACCAGCUCACUAUGCUUUCCGAACUUCUGCUCAGCCUACUGUCAUCCCAGCCAGCACUAGCCCUACAUCAGGCCUUGGGACUGCUGCCAUUGUAGGCAUUCUCAUUGUUAUCUUUGUGCUGCUCCUGGUGGCUGUGGAUGUCACCUGCUACUUCCUGAACAAAUGUGGCCUGCUGAUGUGCAUUGCUGUCAACUUAUGCGGCAAAUCCGGCCCAGGAGCCAAGGGCAAAGACAUGGAAGAGGGUAAAGCCGCCUUCUCGAAAGAUGAGUCCAAGGAGCCUAUUGUGGAGGUGCGGACUGAAGAGGAGCGGACCCCCAAUCACGAUGGGGGAAAACACACAGAGCCCAAUGAGACCACCCCGCUGACGGAGCCAGAGCACCCUGCCGAUACUGCAGCUACUGUUGAGGACAUGCUGCCUUCUGUAACUACAGGCACCGCUAACUCUGACACUAUCACUGAAACCUUUGCCACUGCUCAGAACAGCCCCACCAGCGAGACCACUACGCUGACCUCCAGUAUUGCCCUGCCAGCCAUGGCCAUUCCUGACUCAAACUCCAUGUCGCCUGGCCAGGCUACUCCAGCCAAAGGGGCAGCCAUCUCAGUCUCUUCACCACCACCCUCCUCCACCCCCAAAGUGGCCCCUCUUGUUGAUCUCAGCGAUACCCCAAGCUCUACUCCAGCUACUAAUAAUUUGUCUUCAAGUGUCCUGUCCAACCAAGGUGCAGUGCUCAGCCCCAGCGCUGUUGCUAACGUGGCCGAGACCUCCAAAGUGGCAGCUGCCCCAAGCCCUGCAAACCUCACUGGCCCUCCAGUUCCAUCAGAGCCCAAGCAGGAGGUCUCAAGCACCAAGAGCCCUGAAAAGGAAGCUGUGCAGCCCAGUUCAGUGAAGAGCCCAACAGAGACAACGAAGAACCCAAGCAAUCUGAAGAGCGAGGCUGCUUCAGGCAGCACCACAAACCCCUCACAGAAUGAGGACUUUAAAAUGGACGAAGGGACCUUCAAGACAUCAGACAUUGAUCUUGCAAAGGAUGUUUUUGCGGCUCUUGGCACUACUACUCCUGCCAGCGUGACUAGCGGGCAAGCUCGUGAGCUUGCUUCUUCUACUGCAGACAGCUCUGUACCUGCUGCACCUGCAAAGACCGAGAAAAUCCCAGUAGAAGACAAAUCUGAAGUGCAAGCAACGGAAACUAAGACACCUCCAGCAGAAGUCAAGACGGUCCCCAAUGAAGCCACACAAACAAAUGAAAAUGAGAGCAAAGCAUGAUCAGCGACAGAUGAAAACAAAUGACAGAACAACUUCACCCAAG